GGGCGGGGCAGUAGCCGCAGGCCCACGCCGUAAACAGACAAGAUGGCGGCGGCGGCGGUGGCGGCGCCUGGGGCCUUGGGCACAUUGCAGGCCGGCCGCGCUCGCUUGGUGGCCGCUUGCUCUGCGAGGCUUGGCCCCGGGUGGAGGCUGCCCGGCUCCUUAAUGGGCUCGCGGGUCGCCCCGGCGAUAUGGGCCCGGGGCUGGGCGUCCGCGGCCGGGGGCUCGGCCCCACGGAGGGGCUACAGCUCUGAGGUGAAGACGGAGGACGAGCUGCGGGUGCGGUACCUGGAGGAGGAGAAUCGAGGAAUUGUGGUGCUUGGAAUAAACAGAGCUUAUGCCAAAAAUUCAUUCAGUAAAAAUCUGAUAAAAAUGCUCUCAAAAGCUGUGGAUGCUUUAAAAUCUGAUAAGAAAGUGAGGACCAUAAUAGUCAGGAGUGAAGUCCCAGGGAUAUUCUGUGCUGGUGCUGACCUUAAGGAGAGAGUGAAAAUGAAUCCCAGUGAAGUUGGUCCUUUUGUCUCCAAAAUAAGAGCAGUGAUUAAUGAGAUCGCUAAUCUUCCAGUGCCAACAAUUGCAGCAAUAGAUGGACUUGCUUUGGGUGGUGGCCUUGAGCUGGCUCUAGCAUGUGAUAUACGCGUAGCAGCUUCUUCUGCAAAAAUGGGCUUGGUUGAAACAAAGUUGGCAAUUAUUCCUGGUGGAGGUAUGAACUGUUCACACCCAUUGAUUUAUUCCCAACAACAGGGCAUAAGGCAAAAGGAUGUUAUUGAAAAGGCAGCAUUUUGGGGCAGGAACUGUACAUCUUUCAUUGUGACAGACUGCCAUCACAUGAAUAAAACAUUUCAUGUACAAGAAUGUUAUAGGGGAACACAGCGCCUGCCACGCGCAAUCGGCAUGUCCCUGGCCAAAGAGCUCAUCUUCUCUGCACGUGUGCUCGAUGGCCAAGAAGCCAAAGCCGUGGGCUUGAUCAGCCAUGUUCUAGAACAGAACCAGGAGGGGGAUGCUGCCUACUGCAAGGCCUUGGACCUCGCAAGAGAGUUUUUACCUCAGGGACCUGUUGCAAUGAGAGUGGCAAAAUUAGCAAUUAAUCAAGGGAUGGAGGUUGAUUUAGUAACAGGAUUAGCCAUAGAAGAAGCUUGUUAUGCUCAGAUGAAUCCUCAAGGCAGUGUGAGAGCAGGGCGCCUGACGGGGAGAAUUGACGCCGAGGACAGCCCAACACACAUACAUCAGGUGGUCGGGGUUGGGCCUUGUGGCCCCCAUGCACGCAGCGCGAGCCUCGUGAGGCAAGGGUGCCAGACUCCAAUUUGAAAAUCUCCGGCAGCUUAUCUUCAAGCAAGUUGAAUCCAAUCGCUUCCUGACUCAUUGUCUCAUCAACAUGCGGAAGUUUUUGAAGAGAAACCCUCUUAACUACUCGCCCGAGGGAGUCCUGGCAGCAGCAUGGCCGGUCUGUCGUCCCGCAGGACGCGGGGGAGGCCGAGGUGAUGGGGACACUGGAGGCCAGGCUGGCCGUGCGUGGCAGCAGAGCAUGGAUAGGACUCCGAUUUACGCCUCUCUUUGGUUGUUGUCUGACCCAGGGAACCUGGAACGUUGUCAGCAUUAUCAAGUCAGACUUUAUUGUUUGUCUUUAAACCAAGAAAGCACAAAAUGCCCUUUUCCUUGUUGCUCCAUCCAGUUUUAAUUUGAUAAUCCGCCCCCACCCCAAUCAAUCUAAUGCCAGAGGAAUGCCAGGCAGGGUCCCUAGAGGCUGAAAUGCCCUUUCUACAAGAUAAGAGGUUAAAGAAGAACCAGAAAUAUACUAUAAAGCCUCAUGGGGGGGGGUAGAAAAAUAUGCAAAACGUCUUUAAAUGUGUGAAAAAUCUGUAGAGGUGGGGUACAUGGAGUUCAGACCGUUUUCCUAUUGAGACCUGCCACGUUCCGCCGUCGAGGUCGGGCUGGGUCAGUCCUGAGGCUGGCACCGGACACCAUGAAAUCUCAGGGCGGCUCCCCUGGCCACCCUAAUGCAUCACUCUCCCCUCCUUUCCGAGUCCAGGGGCCUCUUCAGCUGUGCUUGAGCCGGCCUUCCCACAUGGAAUCCGCUUCUCCAAGCUAGGCUGUGUUUUCUAGCUCAUGGUGACACCAGACACUUGAUUUCCAUUUGCAGGGUUGAUUGUCCUAUUUACUGUCACUCCUGGGAGCUUAGUUUCAUUUCAGGGCCGGCUUUCCUCUGCGUGAUGGAGUCACCCAAAGCCUCCUGGCUAGCCCGCUUCCAGCCGUCUGGUGAACCAGCGCGUCGUCCUCUCUCCCGGGCCUUGCAGCGUCAAGCCCAAGACCCAGAGGCCAAGCCUGACAAGUGGUUAGUUUCCCCCCUCGAGCGCCUGCCUCCAGCCAGUGUGACCGGUCUGUACUCAGCAUUUUACAACCAGCACGUCUCUGCAUUCCUGAAAUCCCAGGGAGAAUCUCAAAAUAGAAUAAGAAAUGAGAAUUUAAAUUAGAAACAACAGCCCCUGCACAGGCUGCCAGCUUUGGGGGCAGAGGGGGUCUUGCCUCCUCCUCCCCAGGAUGGUCCUGGUUUUCUACAGAGUGUUGCAAUGUGGGAGCCACCCUCGGGCACGCGGGACUCGGACAGGCCUAUUGGAAAGGGAAGCGGGUGUCUAGUGGCUGAGGUUGGAGUCAGGAUCGCCAUGCCUUGUGAAGCAGGAGAAAGCCACCCAGGUCCCUCAGCGUCAUUCAGCGCAAUGGCUAAACCACCUUCCUUCCAGCCGCCGAAUGAGAGGAAAGGGAGCCAUGGGGAAACAGAGCCAUGGGGGUAGGAAAUUCAGAUUGGCUGAUUUGCCUCGUCUUGGGUCUGUGGUGUUUUACUGUGACCUGAACGCUUAGAGGAAUUCGAGAUGGGUCACACUGCAGAAGAUAGUCUCCUUUGCUGCUGGGAAGGGAAUAUAGAGCUCUGUCUCUGACUGUGGUCUGUGUCACCCACUGGCGAGUGGCCCCAAUCAGGGUAAGGCCCCAAUCAGGGCUGCCUGUGGGAAGGCAUCCUCUGGAAGGUGGCUCCUCCCUAGCCCCGCCCUCCCGGCCCCGGGAGGAUUCUGGACUCGGCUCUGCCUGGACCUGUGUCUGGCCCAGGCUCGUGAGGCUCCAGUUAAAAAGUCUCCUGGAGAGAUGGCACCCCACUCCUGUGCACUCAAGUUCUCACUGCAGAGCUCUGGCUUCUUUCCUUGACACACUUUGGAAAGGGCUGGCCAACUCAGUGUGUACCCAUGAGCUCACUGGGCCUCCCCGCUGUUCCUCACCUCCUCUGUUUUCUGAGAGGAGACACCAAACGGGUAAAGCACAGAAAGAGAACUCAGGAUGCACGGAUCAAACUAACUGGAAAAAUCAGACUCUCAUUCUCUACUGUGGUUUUAGCUGCAUUUGCAAAAUCUGCUGCUGGCAGGGAAGGCAGUCCUGGGCCCUGUGUGGUCCUUCCAACCCUAGGUUCCCUCCGGAGCACCUCCCACAAAGUCCUAAAGGAUCUCUGAAGGCAAGAGUUUACACUGGGCUGCCUGGCUCGGAGCAGAGACGUCCUGGGUCCCUUCCCAGCUGGCAGUCCAGCCUCGGGGUGAAUGCUGGAGCAAAGUCCCCACAGGAUCGGGGUGUCCAGGAUGUGCGCCCGCGGACCCCCACGCCCCCUGCACCUGCUCCCAGGGCCCGGUCUCGGAGCGCUUCCCUCUGCUCAGCCUCUGUCCUCAAAGCCUGUGGACAUCACCUUCUUUCCCGGGCAGGAGUUCCUCUUGACUCACACACGUUGUUAAGAAGAAACAAGCAAAUGGAGUCAUUUGCUCCCCAUGACAGCAAACCAAGACUUAAUUACAGUUUCGACCUCUCCCAGGAAUGUGACCUUUUAACAAUCUGACAUUUCCCGAGCGGCGCUGGUGAGGUCAUCUGAAUGGUAAAAGCCGUGCAUCAUGGCCCCCAUCCACCCCCCAAAGCUGUCCUGCCCUCAAACAAUGCUGUCUCUUCUCUUGCUCACAACUUCUUGCCCCACCCUCCUGCCUAUAAAAACCUUCGUUUCCUGCAGCUCCUUACACCAUCGCUCCGCUUGCUGGAUGGGAUGCUGCCCGGUUCAUGAAUCGUUUGAUAAAGCCAAUUAGAUUUUCAAACUUACUGGGUUGAAUUUUGUCUUUUAAUGGUGUCGAUGCUGCACAAGCAGUAAGGUGCGUCCGCCAGCACCCGUCUCCCCCCAGAUCGGGGGCAUCUCCCACAGCUGAUGUUCUGAAAUUCAGUCUGUCCUGGCAGGACCUCAGGCUUUAUCGCCACCUGAGUCCCCACCCCCGCCUCCAACAUCCUGGAAGUGACUUUCAGUUUUCUGGAGUGGGGCAAGGGCUGAAGUGUCCCCUCCCUGCCCUUCCCAGGCCGCACCCUUCGCUAGGGCGCCUUGGAAGCCGCAGGGGCCGGAAAUUCGCGGUCCUCACUGCCCCCACAAUGUGCCUGGGUUUGGGGGUGCUACUCUGGGGCUGGCAAUGUGAAGAUAACCGGAUAGGCACUUUUCUUUGUGCUAAUAAUGCAGGCAUUGAAUAUGCAUCGAAAUAAGUGGGUCAUUGGCUGUGUGUUUCCGCUGACGGUGCCGCCGCGAGAUUCGCGUUGCAUGGGGACACCGCUGUCCCUUCACCUCCGUGUGGCAUGCAUGCAGUCUUGAGAAAGAUGCGCGGCUCAGAUGCGAGUGCGCUUCGGUCUGAAAGACUUAGUUGGUCAAGUCCGUAAACCCUAAUUUCCUUAGCAGAACACAGGGGCAAAUGUAGGCCCCACGGUGUCGAGUUCUGUGACGGUGCAGAGCCUGGAGCCUGACAAAGAGUGAACCUUUCACAAAUGUCAUUUUUGUCUCAGGUCCUUACUACUGAUGCUUAACGUCCUUGCUGAAUGAUUCGGGGCUUUGGUCUCUGUAGGAACAGUUGGCCACGCGCUCUAUCAAAACCCGGCCCUGUGGCCUUGAUGCCCUUCAGCUGUCCACAGAGUGAGCAGUUUUCCUCUGGAGCAGACAGCCCAUCAGUUCUAGAACAAGGAGAAGGAGGCGGGAGGGUUCUAUGAAUCUGCAGGAGGCGGGGCCGCUGGUGGCCUGCCGGGAGCCUUCCUCCGCUCACCUUGUCUUCCGAGGAGGCCACCAAGGCUCCACGGCUAAUGCUUUUUCUAUCAGGAGCCAAUGGGGAGUCUCUUCCAGAGCGUGUCAGUGCAUAUUUACAAAGAAAACCAAGGAGUGAGUGAUUUCCUUCUUUGUUUCACUGGUCAGGGCUGGAUGUCGCCUGAUCUAGAUGCUGGGCCUGCCGCCAACCUUGGUUUAAUCACGUGGCCCGUUUGUGUCUUCCCAACCCCACUGUUAUAACUCCCACCUCCCAGGAGCUGCGGGUGCAGAAGGAGAAUACAAGUCACUGAGCACAGGUGUGAGUGUCCUUCCUAACGCCACCCGCAGCCUCCCAGCGUCCGGCAAGGUCCCCCCUGGCUCACGUCCCGGGGCCCCAGCGGCCUGGUGGGUGUGAACGGUGGGCGACACAGGGCCAGCCGAGUCCCAUUUUGAGUUUCCAACAGUGGUGGCAUGAACUCUGCAUAAAUUUGUUGGCUAGCUGUGUUCGAGCAGAGUACUCUUUGGGCUUACGUGUGUACUCGAGGGUCUGCGUGUGUGUCCCGUGCGGCCUCUCGGCCCCUCUGCGGACGUGUGCCUACCACGUUCCUCACCAGUGAGCAUCUUCUGUGCCUGGCCGACUGAAGUUUUUGAGUGAGCCAAGGGCAUCCAGUUGUCUUUCUCUUGUGUCCUGUUCCUGAUGUGUGUGGGGCGGGGGAAGGCUGAAUGAGAUCUUUUUUGAGUGUCGUGAAGAUAAGUCAUUUCUAAGCUGAGAGCUAGUGGGAGAAAUGGUGGCAUGAACAUUAAUUAGGGGGCUAAGUCACCCUGGGGACCAAGAAAAGGAUCCGAAAACUAGCCUUCUCUCCCAGCACUAUAAGUACGUCCCCAUCCCUUCACUCCCUCUCCCCCCACCCCACUAAAACCAGUCCAAGAAAAGAAUUGUGGCUCGAGAUGCCGGGUACGUUUGCAGAGUCCCGGGCAGAAUGUCUCACAGGGGUUGGAACUGCAGGCUGUAGGUACGACAGAAACGGUCCGUGUUUCUGCCGCGGGCUGCAGUGCGGCUCUUCCUCAACACCUCUCGUGUCGCCUGGGGCUCGGAGAUGGGAGCUGCACGAUGUGAGAGCCUGUGACACCGCCCGGGGCCUGAGUGACCAAUGCAGAGCCCCCAUGCUUACCUGCUGCAAGGGGCACUAGUCCUUGUGGAGUCCAGGUUCCUCUGAAAAAAAGGCCCGUGGAGCCCAUUCUUAAUUCCAUUUUAGCCAGUCAUACAGUGUUCUUAGUAUAAACCUGAGGCAGGGGUCACAUGGACCCUCCCUAACCCAAACCCUCACCGCUGACCCCUCACCGCUGACCCCUCACUGCCAACCCCUCACUGCUGACCCCUUCUUUCUUUGGGACUUCCAGGCAUCAUCCCCUUGGCUUUCCCUUUGGUGUCGCUGGCUGCUCCUUGGCCUCCUUCCCAUUUCCUUUCCACAGAGUGCUGUUCUUACAGCAUCUGAUUCUGGCUUUCCUCACAAGGGGACCCUGACAUGAGGAUUGGAGAGCAAGGUGUUCAUGGGAGAGAUGGUUCCAGUGGCACCCCCUGGUUCGAGGGGUGUGAGGCAGCGAGGGGACGAGACGGGGGCAGGGGUCCCCUACACUCACUGUGGGCAUCUGGAGCCCAGUGCCGUCGGAGCCUUGAAUUCAGUGGAGAACAGGCACCGCAGGGCUGUCCUUCCCGAGGGCUGAGGGAGCUGGGACGUGUAACCAGGCGGGCUCAGGGCCUGGGGCACAUGCUCAGAUACAGGGGCAGGGCUCGCAGGGGGACCACACUGGCUCAAAUAUCCAGGUCAUCCUACAGCCAGGGGAUGGACACUGCCUGCAGGGGUUAACCUCUUCAAAAUCAAAUGAAAGCAGUGACAACAGCAACACCGAGAGAGCACAGGAAUCAUGAAAUUGCUGGAAGGUCCUGGUGCCGGCUCCUUGUGCCCAGCACGCUCCAGCCACCUGGGCCUGUUGUCCCCGCACUGAGCACGGUGACUUGUGGUUAUCCGACUGCUGUCUUUCCUUCUCUGUCAGCUUCCAUGGGAGACUGCUUCUUCUCACUGUCGCUGCAGAACCUAGAAGCAUCCUUGGUGCCCAGUAGAUACGUGUUGGGUACACAAAUCAACCAUUCAUCAGACUUCAUAUGAAAAAUAAGCUUCCUGUGGAGCCGGUGACUUAAUUAGGAAAAAUAGACGUGUCCCUGGAGACUUUAGUGGGGAUAUGUGAUUAUUUUGGACCAGACAAUUGAUUUCGAAGACAACAAUGUUGAUGUGCCCUGUGUGACUGGCUCAGUGGCUGGUAGCUCCCAUAACACACACCGGCGGGACUGGCUUGGCAGCCAGGGCUGGUUUUCAUGCUCUGCUCUUACCAUUCGGAAAUUCUUAAUAUCGUUUGAAGAGCAGGCCCCAUAUUUCCAUUUUGCUCCUGGCCUUGCAAAUGAGACUACUGACCCUUGGGGUCACACAGAGUAGCAUUCCUGAAUACAGACCCAAACCAGCAUUUUCCCUCUUUGUGCAUCCUUUCUGGUGGGUCAGCCACAGGGUCUGGGUGAGGGGCCUGAGCAUUGCCUGGAUGUUUCCUGGGGCCAGCUCAUGGUGCUCAUUCACACGUGUGGCUACGGGGCACCAUCCCCUCCUCAGAUAUUCGAGGUGAGUGCUGCUGCUGCUCCGGAGGCUGGAGGCUGGAGGCUGGUGAUUUGCACCCCAGCACGGCAGCCAGGCUUUGGAGACAGCUGCUGUGGGUUCAUGUGCGGAGAGGCAGGGCUGUGCCUGGUUAUGUCGGGAUGAGCUUUCCCGAGGAGACUUCUCUGCAGUGUCCUUAACACCCCAGGUUCACAGGAACUGCAGCAGAGCCGUGCAAAUACAGUCUCUCAGACUUCACUCCCAGAAAUGUGGAUGUGGGCCUGGCAGGUGCAGGAGUUUGCUUUUAACAAUCUCCUUGACCUUGUGAAGGACAAAGCCGCAAGGGACACUCAGCCACAGGCUUUCUCUCUGACACUUCAUUAUGAAAAUUUUCAAACAUAUAGAAAAGUUGAGAGGACUCUGUAGGGACCACCAAUAUCCUCACCACCAAGAUUAUGCAAUUAACAUUUUGCUACAUCUCCUUUAUCACAUGUCAGUCCAUCCAUCCAUCCAUCCAUCCGUCCAUCUACCAUUACUCCAUCCAUCCACCCAUCCGUCCACAUCCACCCACCCCUAGACUUCAGUAUACUCCAUUCACAAACACUUCCUGCUCAGAUCUCUGAUUUUCCAUGACGAAGCAAAACGUGUACGCAGCGAAUGUUUGUGAAUGCAUAAGCCACACCAUCGGGCUCAUAGGCUAGCCCCC